CACGUGAUUUAAGGAUAAGAGAAUAGAAAACAAACUGUGUUGUGAUUUGCUGUGAGCCUGCAAAUGUCAUCAGCCUCUCCGCUCGUGAAUGGCAAAGAGGGCGCUAGGGGCAUGGAUGUGGGCAUCCACUCAGUUAACAAGUCUGAACGAUGCGGCAGACAACACAAGGUGGGAGAGGUUUGUGAAGAUGGCCGUGAUGAUGACAAGACCGAUGCCAAGGCCACAAAUAAGAUGAAGAGUCCAGCAGCUGGUGGCAAAGUGGGCAGCGAUGGUGUGAGCAGUCAACAAGAGUUGGCUAAUUCUUUCACCAGUGACGGAAAUGAGGACAGUGUGUUUGGAAAAUAUCUUCUGGGAAUCGAUGGGGAAGGAGGAGGGCUUAUUAAUGACAACCAGAGAAGCAACUGCUGCUCUGAGAGUGACAUUCCAAUGUAUGGCUUCUCUGAUGACAAUGAGGGCAUCGUUAGCAGCAGCGGAACUGGAAAUGGUAGCAGUGUCAACAGAAAUCGAGGUAAGAAGAAUGUAACAGGAGGAGAGAAUGGAGAUGAGCAAGUUGAUACAGGGAAAAAGGAGGAGGAGGAGGAGGGGGAAGGUGAAGAUAAGGGAUGGGGAUGGGGUAUGGGGGAAAGGGAUAAGUCUCAUGGAAGGCAAUACGAGUUUGCAGAAGGAAUUACAUGGUCAAAAUUGCUGCAGAGGCAGACCUCCAGGCUAACAAGUGGGGCCUGACAGGUAUUGAUAAUGUUCUCGUUUUGUCACAAUUUCUGUGAAAACUUUGUGUCUCUUUUCUUUUUUUUUUUGGGAGUUCAAGAAUUCGAGUUCCAUAAAACAGUGUCAAGUCUCAGUUGCACUACAGGGUUUGGGUCCUCGAAAAAGCCAAAAAGUUUUAUCACAGUCAUUUGAGAAUGUUCUCAAUCUUAAAAAUGAAUCCAAAAAUUUUGCAAGGAAAAUGAGCGAGAGCGAUAGACGUAAAACCAAAUUGCAACAUCACAUUGAAGACCAGAUAGUCGUGUGCCAAGCAGAAACAAGAAUGCACUGAGAUACAAGCCAAUAAAAGCAAGGCAAUGAA